AGAUAAAUUUAACUUAUCCGAAGUGGGUAUGCUAUUUUUUGGCACGCACGCGACCGCCAAUUCGCUGUCCGGCUUCCGUCCCCAUCGUCCAUGGAGGAGGAGCGUCCCCGAGAACGGGCGCCGGCGUUGCACUUCGCCCUGGUUCCCCUGAUGACGCAGGGCCACACCAUCCCCAUGCUCGACCUCGCCCACCAAGUCGCCCUCCGCGGCGUCCUCGUCAGCUUCAUCACCACCCCCUUCAACGCUUCUCGCAUCCGCCACACGAUCGACCUCGCCGAAGCCCGCCGUCUCCCCAUCCGCUUCGUCGAGCUCCCCUUCCCAGUCCACGAGGCCGGCCUCCCUGCUGGCUGUGAGAAUUUCGACACCCUCCCAAAGACAGAGCUGUACAUCACUUUCUUCCAAGCCUGCUCCAAGCUCCUAACCCGCCCGCUCGAGCUCUACCUGGAGCAGCACCGACCCGAUGUCAUCGUUUCCGACUUCUGCCACCCGUGGACGCGCGGAAUAGCUGAGAGACUCAGAGUUCCGCGGCUCAUCUUCUAUAGCAUGUGCUGCUUCGCGCUCCUAUGCACCCACAAGAUUUGGGGCCACAAGAUGUUGGAGAGAGUAGACGACGAGAACGAGCCGUUCGCCAUUCCGGGCUUGCCGGAGGAGCACGUAAUCGAGAUGACGAAGGCCCAGGCGCCGGGGUUCUUCCCUGGCCCUGCUUUCGUGCAGAUGGAUAACGACGUGCGCGAAGCGGAGUUCACCGCCGACAGCGUGAUUUUUAACACUUUCUACGACUUGGAACCUUCCUACGUGUCCGGGUACGAAAAGGCCAUGGGGAAGAAGAUUUGGACGGUCGGUCCGUUGCUGUCGCACAGUCAGAGCGUCGUCGACAUGGCCAUGAGGGGGAGGAAGGCGUCCAUCGACACGGAGCGAUGCUUGGCUUGGCUCGACGCGAUGAUGCCGCGGUCGGUGAUCUACGUCAGCUUCGGGAGCCUCACACGCGUGGCGCCGUCGCAGAUGAUGGAAAUCGGGCUGGGACUGGAGGCGUCAGGGCACCCGUUCAUUUGGGUGAUCAGGAGCAAGGAGGAGUUAUCGCCGGAGGUGGAAGAAUGGCUGGCCGGAGGAUUCGAGGCGAGAGUUAGAUCGAGGGCGCUGUUGAUCAGAGGGUGGGCGCCGCAGGCCGUCAUCCUGCCUCACCCUGCCGUCGGAGGUGUGAUGACGCACUGCGGGUGGAACACGAUCUUGGAGACGAUCACGGUGGGGCUGCCGAUGAUCUCGUGGCCUCAUUUUACGGACCAGUUCUUUAACGAGAGGCUGGUCGUCCAAGUGCUGAAGGUCGGAGUUGCGAUUGGGGUGAAGGUGCCAAAUUUCAUUGGGAUGGAUGACAUAGAGACGUUGGUGAAGAGGGAGCAGGUGGAGGAGCGGGUGAGGACUCUGAUGGAUGGAGGACCGGAAGGUGAAGAAAUGAGGAAGAGGGCGGCGGAGUUAGCGAAGAAAGCGAAGGCGGCCAUGGAAGAAGGGGGUUCGUCCCAUUCCAAUCUCACUCACCUGAUCGAGCAUUUCUCGGGGAUUAGAUGCAAAUGAACAACACUCACAUGCACGACUUCUCUGUGAUCUCUCCGUAUUUAAUUGCGCUACUUAGUUCUCUGUUCUCGGUUCUCUGAAAUUGGAUGCACUUUGUUUGUACCCCGAGGAAUUUAUUAAUAAUUAGAUGCAUCCCCUGCAGUAAGUGGUAUUAUUUCAUCCUCACAUCUGUAUCCAUCUCACAUGUUUGCUCCGGAUUCAGACUAUAUCUAUCAAAGCGCUAAUGUUUGAAAUC